GUGGGUGGGAUCACGCUCACGUUGGUGCUGCAGACACUAGAGGCGAGCAACAGUCCGAAAACUAGUUUGGUGCUGCAUGACUAUUUGUCUUGGCUGUUAUGGAGUCAGUGAGGAGAAAUCAUUGUUCCCUGACAUUAAUCUGCGGUGUGUUGGUGCUGUGUGUGCAGCUGCAACUGGGUCUGACCGGAGACUGCCCUGCUGACGGACGCACCUGGGUGCCGUUUGAAGACGGAUGUUACCACUUUGUCCACGGAGAAGAGGACAAAAUCAAAAGCUACACCUUCGACAGAGCAAAAACCCUCUGCCAAGGAUUCGAGCUUUUGACCAUCCAGAGCGCCAAGGAGAAUGACUUUGUUGUUAAUUAUAGCCCAGAGGUGUGGAAAAACAAUGUCAACGUGUGGCUGGGAAUGUAUUAUGACACAGACAAUGACACCAUGAGGUGGUUCGGUGAGCAGCCUUUAAGAUUCACUAACUGGAUGGCCAGGCCUCCUCCAUCAGACCUCGUGCCCAUGGAUACGUGUGUGACUCUGCACAGCGAAACAGGAAAGUGGGAGAAUGUCAGCUGCCUGGAACAGGCGGAGAACGGAGUGGUCUGUGAGACCAAUCAGAAGCCAGAGGAAGUCAAGCCGAAGUCCAGCGCGCUGCUAUCUGCUCUGGUCAUUCUCAGCGUGGUGGCUAUCAUGGGAGUCUCAGCAGCUAUUUGGUUCCUGCACCAGAGGCACAAUCUCGGCUCCACUAUAUUCACGGCGUUUGAGUACCACCCUCCGUUUCGAGUCCUGGACACGGACCGGUCCUGCCUGGUGGAGGCCGAGGAGACCGACAGCGUGCCGUAGGAGAACUUUCUCGCUCUGCCACAACAGAGAGCACCAGGCCCUCCUCACUGGGUGUGUGUUCAUGCAUAGGGAAGUCCACUUUAAAAAAAACAGUUACUGAAGUAGUUUUGGGUUAACACAUUUUAAUGUCAUGGCACAGAAUAAUGUAGUGUGAUUGUGAGAAGACACCAGGCUUACUUUAAUACUAACAUCUCACCGUGGCACAUAAACAUCUCACUACUUCUGCUUUUUGGUCUUCUACACUAACUAAGAAUCAUCUGUACAUUUUUCAGAUUGGUGCAUCAGCAACUGUAACAGCCUGGUCUACGUCAUGUGUAAUAUUAUUAUCAGGCGCUACACAUUUAUUUUGGAAUAAUUAUUUCUCUCGUGCAUAUGCUAUUGCUCAUUCAAAGAGUGAGGGAUUAAAUAAAGAGCACAGCUUUCAUACUUUUUUUUUGAGCAGACAGAAAUGUUCAGUGAUUUAGUAUACCAUUGCAAGUAACUUGGGGACCAACAACGGGGAGCUUAAAAUAAGAAUGAUCACUUGAUGCAGCAGAGACUGACGUUUAGUCCCAAGUUUGUAUUAAGCUUAAAAAAUGCUGGAUUCUUCAUUUCACAUGAUAACAAAUCACAUAUUUCAAAAACCAGUGCAGUGUCCCUUUAAAGCAGUAUUAAAAGAUACAGGAAUUAGCAACCGCAGGCUAACAAGGUGCACAUGUAAAUAUCUUUAAACAAAAACCCAGAUAGUGUUUUAGCUUUUUGCCUUGGGACUCCAUGAAUGUAAACGAGUUGUUCCGAUAACAUUUUUUUUCUUCCCAAUACCAAUUCUGAUACCUGAGCUUGCGUAUCAGCCAAUACCGAGUGCCGAUCUGAUACCAUGGCGCUAACAAAAUGAAUAAAAGCUGUGUCCUACUAACCCUGUACGGAUGUGAAAUGAUUGCUAUCAUGGUUGUAUGGCAUGGUUUAGUUAAACCCUUUUGUAAAACAUGAACAGAAACAUACAGAAAAUUAAUGCAAUAGAACUUUCCUUUUAUUAAUAUUAUCAUUAUUAUUUGAGAUUUUGCUAAUGGCUAACGUCACACUAUUUACUGUUAAGUUUGGCAGCUCUAGAACAGUGGCUGCACUGCAACUUCCUGUUGAAGCCACUGUUGUAGAGCAGCAAAUAAGAACUGAUUCAAAGGAGAAGUGCCUUUUCACCUAGGUGUGAAACUACUUUAAAGUUUAUCAGUAAAGUGUAUAGAUUCACGCGCUCGCUGAUAUCCAAUCAAGCAUUUUAGGUGGUAUCAGAUGCAUUUCCAGUAGUGGUAUUGGUAUUGGAGCAACUCUAAUGUAAACGUAGCCAGUGAGGUCGAUUUGCAAGGUCUGUGAAGCAGGUUCUUUUUUAGGUAAAAUGUCAUUUUGAAAUAGAAAGUGCCAGAUAAAAUUCUUAUUAAUUCCCUUGCAUUCUGUCCUGGGCUUCAGUUUUUAUGGUGACAAGGUGUGAGACUUACCACAUAUAGCCAGCAAAAGCCAGGUUUUGUUAAAAAUCAUAACAGAUGAAACUGUCCUCAUUCAUUCCAGAAAAUGGCUUUCAUAAAAAUAAUGCACAUUCACAGUUCUUCCAUGCUUUAUGUACUGUUUACCUGGUCAGAAGGUACAAUGUGUAUUUUUUUGUGUAUUUCCUUUCUGCCCUGUGAAAUUCAAACUUGGCAUUAUUAUGGCUUUAUUUGUAGGAGGUAGAGUGGUCGUGAUUUGGGAGUUGGAAAUAUUAAAAGCUCCUGUGACAUUAAAGACAAUCAGUAUUUGGCUCUGUGAAGGGUAUGCUGUAGAAUGAUGACUUGAGAGUUUUAUUAUAUUGUGUAAAAUACCCCUCUUAAUACUGUUGUACACUUUUGACAGCAUGAAUGCUUUUGUGCAAUAUUUGAGAUUCAUUUUACAGGAUCCGAGCCCCUGUGUGUUUUUCAUAAUAAAGUAUGUUUGACUAUA